AUGGCGAGCGUCCUAGCACCGCUUUUGCAUAGCAAAGUCCUCACAACGCAGAAGCCGCAGUCUCUUACGGUACGCGUGUCCAAGUCAUUGCUGAUUGCUAAAAACGGAAGCUUCCUCGGUCAAGACGCAGUCAAGGAGGAUUAUGACACUUGUUCAACGCCAGCAUGCAAGCGCGACGGCGCUUAUCUCAAAGGACUCUUGUCAUGGGAUUUGGAUCCCUGCGAAGAUUUUCAUCGUUUCGUGUGCAGUCGCUGGAAAGGUGGCGGUGACGCCGCCAAAACGAGCACGGCGGCGGCAGCCUCAGACGAACUAAAUCACCAACUGGAACAGAGCGUGCACGGACUCCUGCAGCGCAGUAGUUUUCCUGAGAACCUGGCUCCACUCAAGGCACUAUUUUAUGAGUGCAUGAACACGCGCCAACUCGACCUGGACGACUGGAAUCCGAUGCUGGAGCUGCUCUGGCUGGUCAGCCUUGAGGGUUUUCCCUUUAGCUCUACGCCGCGCAACAGCACAUCGCUCUGGAAGAUCGCCGCAAGGGUACUGAAGAUGACUGGCGCUGAGGCCCUGCUCAGCAUGCGGGCAACUACGCACCCGACAAAAGGCGACGCGGGCAUCUUGAGCGCUGGCCUGCCCACUAUGCUGGCACCAAAAGGCAGCGAUCAGUCGCAGGCAACGCAGUUCUACAACAAAACAGCAUUCGCUUGCAUAACUUCCCUAAAAAAGCAGCGGAAUCCCACAGUGUACUCGCUCGAAGUGGCUGCGUUUGCCUCGCGCCUUGAAAUGCUCGUGUACAGCUACACCGUCUUGGUAGGACUGCCGAUCCGUCGCAUAAAGCCUCUGAAGACGCAGCCGGAGCUGUCUACUUUCUUGGUCGAAUUGUUCCUUAACAGUGACUCCUCCCUAUAUUCCGGUGGACACACGGAACUGCUCAUUCAGUCACCUUCUUUCUUCGAUGCACUCAUCACCUUGUUGCGCAAUACAGAGCAGUAUGUUGUCAUGAAUUAUCUCGGCACUCGCCUCAUGGUUGAAGUGGCUGCAUAUGCACCUUCAUCGGGCAGACCCUUAGUCCACACGCUUGUUCACCAUCUCUACGGUCGGCCUAGGCUUUCGUUACCUCGAUGGAAGCUCUGCCUGCGGUCGGCAGAGCGAGCAUUGCCCGACUUGUUCUUACACGCCAGCAAACUUGCCUUCAAGACGCAUUUUGCUCUCGACAUGGUGCAACGGCUGUUGGGAUCGCUACGCCUUCAGCUUGUCCGGAGCCUCUCCAAGCUUACAAUACUCGACCGCGACUCACGCGCGCGAGCCCAGACCUUACUCAACAGCACUCGUUUUCGUCUCUUCCGACCUAACUGGUUGAACAACCAUGAAAAGCUUGACGGCUACGUGACUGCCCUACCACGCGUCGUCCGUGGUCAGAGCCUGCGUUCUUUUUACACUUUACACAGUCACAGCUUCACCGAUAAUUUGCGCCGGGACGAAGCUGAUCGCUGGCAGGGAUCGGCGUUCGACCAUGACUGCACCUUUGACGGCAAUACGGUGUACGUUCCAGUUUUGUUGUUCAAUUUUACGCUAUUUACCUACGGCGCCGACCAAAGCCUACAGCUGUCAAACUCCGGCGUGCGGAUUGUGCGGUGCUUGCUUCAACUGCUGAUGAACAGCGUGGCCAGCGGAAAUAACGUAGGAGCAGUCGCCAGCCGUGUCUGGUGGCCCGACAUGUCGAGCUCUUUUCUUGCAGUGACUCAGCUAUGUUUCCAGCAGUACGGCGUGCGAAAGCUGGGGGCGCUUGAGCUGCUCCAGUACACUGCCGCUAUCAAGCCUGCCAUGGACCUGUUUCAGGAAGAGAAACGCCUCGACGUGCGCUUCGAGACAUUCCAGACUUACAGCAUCUUCCAUCUCUUCUUCGUAUACUACGCGCUCGGCUUUUGCGAAGAGUCAUCAGCGGACAACACUACGGACAGCACAGUGGCUUCUUUCUUGACAAACGUGCCAUUGUGGAACAACCGGCAGUUCCAAGAGACAUUCAGGUGCCCCGUCGGGUCAAACAUGAAUCCCUCGAGGAAAUGCAUCCUGUGGAGAGACACUCCUUAG